AGUUCUGCGCGUGCGCCCAAGGGGCGUGGCGGUCGCACCUGCGCGAGUUGGGGGAAGGAGGAGGAGCGAGGUGACGCAGGCGUUAUAAUAGAGAAGGUGCCAGAAAGAUCCAAAACAAGUGUCUCCAGCCGUCGCCCAGAAGUCAUCGGACGCCGGAAUCGGGCCUGGUUCUGAGCUUGUUCCGCGUCCCUCCCCCGGGAAUGGCGCUGUCUGGGUCGACCCCGGCCCCGAGCUGGGAGGAGGAUGAGUGCUUGGACUACUAUGGCAUGCUGUCACUUCACCGUAUGUUCGAGGUAGUGGGCGGGCAGCUGACCGAUUGCGAGCUGGAGCUUCUGGCUUUCCUGCUGGACGAGGCCCCCGGCGCAGCUGGCGGCCUGGCCCGCACCCGCAGCGGCUUGGAGCUGUUACUGGAGCUGGAGCGCCGCGGGCAGUGCGAGGAGAACAACCUUCGGCUGCUGGGCCAACUCCUGCGGGUGCUGGCCCGCCACGACCUGCUGCCGCACCUGGCACGCAAACGACGCCGGCCUGUAUCUCCUGAGCGGUACAAUUAUGGCACCUCCAGUUCUUCUUCAAAAAGGACAGAGGGCAGCUGCCAGCGCCGUCGACAAUCAAGCAUUUCCUCAGAUUCUCAGCCGGGCCAGUGGGAUACAGACUCCCUUCCGACUAAGCGGCAGCGGCGGAGUCGGGGCCGCCCCAGUGGUGGUGCCAGAAGGCGGCAGAGAGGGGUCCCACUUGCCCCUCAGCAGCAGCAAGAGCCAACCAGGCCUCCAUCAGAAGGCAAAGUGACCUGUGGUGAGGCUGCAGAUACCUGUGCUGGAUGCCAUCAGGAACAGAGGAACAGAGUCAGUCCCAUGUCCUCAGACAGCUCCCAGCUUCCAGGGAUGACUGCCCAUGGUGACUCUCCCUUGAGUCAGGUAGUAAUUACUAGAGCCAUCAGGCUGGCUGGAUGGGUGAGGGAGUCAUUGCCUCAGGGAGGACAGGAGCAGGCAAUGGCAGACUUUAGCUAUCUUCCCUAGGGCCAGGAGGUUGUUAGCCAGGGUGUGGCUGUGUCUUAAUUGAGAUGGGUAAGCAGGUCUGACUGCUGACUCACCAGGCAGGGCAAGGCUGGAGUGAGGCUCUCCCCAUUUGGGCCGCAGUUUUGCCCUCUGAAAAAUGGGGAUGGCUUACCUUAAGGAGGCCAUGAGGCUUCUGUGAGGUAGAAGGAGCCCCUCCUGACCUGAGUGAGGAAAAGCCUGAUACUCUUGCCCCACCAAACCUGUGGCACUUAUGGGGGUUGACUCCAGUGAGCUGCCCUCAUUUACUACAGUAAAUUUCCAAGUACCUGAGGGUAUGAGAAGGGCACUUGGAGUUCCUGAGCUUGGACACAAAAUCCCUGAGCUUCCAUACCUCUCUUGGCCAUCCACUGGGUACCGUGCCAGAUAUAUUACUCUCCUGACUUGAAUUCUCAAGACAUCCAUUGAGGUAGGUAGGGCUGGCAUCCAACAGGCCAAGGAAAAGGAAGUCAUUAGUAGGAGAGACGGGCAGAGGUGGGUUUGUUCUUUCAUUUUUCAAAAGCAGGAUCUUGCCAUGAAGUCCAGGCUGGCUUUGAACUCACUAUGUAGCCCAGGCUGGCCUCAAUCCUUCUUCCUCAGCCUCCUGAGUGCUGGGAGUACAGGUGUGUUAUCACCACACGUAGCUGUCCAUUUGUUUUUUGAGUGCUUACUAGUGCUGGACCUAGCAGGGCUGGGAGGCCCCCUGGCCUGCCAUCACUGAGUUCAUGUUCUGGUCAGAAGGGAAAGCCACGUCCAAAGCUUCAGAUGUCAGGGGAGUAUUCCAGAUGGAGGGGAGAGCAGGAGCAAAGGCUUGAGUGGGAGUGUGCCCAUGGUGGUCAGGGGUGGUGAGGAAGCUACCAACACUGGAAUAGGCAGGUCGAAGGGCAGACUGCUAGAGAUGAGGGCAGGACAGGUAACCAGGGCAGAUCCUGCAGGGCCCUGUGAACCAUAGCCCUUAGGCUUUGCACUUUUUUUUUUUUUUUUGGUACAGGGGAUCGAACUCCAGUCCUUGCACUUGCGAGGCAGGUGGAACCACUGAGCUAAAUUGCCAGCCCUGCACUUUUUGAAUUAUGGAAAGCAGUUGGAGGAUUUGAAUGGCAGGAUCAGUUUUGCUUACCCCCACCCCAACUUUUUCUAUGGAAAAUAUACCAAAAUAUAUUCAUGGCAUAACAACUGUGAGAACCCAUUACCAAAAUUCAGCUGUUGUCACUUGUGGCUGCUCUUGUGUCAUGAGCCAUGUUACUUUGGAGUCAUUUCCAGCCGUCUCACUGUUCAGGGGUAGACAUUUCACCGUGUAUCUCGAAAAGAAAAAAAAAAUUCUUUAAAGUGUCACACUAAAAUAUUAUAAUAGUAAUUCUUUUUUUCUUUCUUUUUUUUUGGGGGCGGGUAUCCGGGCUCGAACUCGGGACCUUGCACUUGCAAGGCAGGGGUGGUGCCACUGAGCUAAAUUCUUGGCCCUAUAAUAGUAAUUCUUACUAUCCCAUACAUCAUCAGUAGACAAAUUUCUGCAAUUGUCUCAUAAAUACGGGUUCUUCAAAGUCUCCACAUCUCCAGGAUACCCUGCCAUCUUGACUCCCACCCCUGACCCCAGUAUUGUAUUUGUACAGAGCAGUUGUCCUGUAGUAUCUCCCAAAGACUGGCUUUGGUUCAUCGAAUCCUGAGAAGGGCUGAUUUAAUGUGUUCCCCUGUUGUGUGUAUGUUCUAGAAAUUGGGUUAGAGAGUCUUGAUCACACUCUGGUUUGAUAUUUUGAUUUUUUGGACUCACUUCCUAAGUGGUAGUGUUUUCUUCCAUCAGGAAGCAGGCAGUGGCUGCUUACCUGUUUUUUUUUCCUUUUUGAGACAGGGUCUCAUUAUGUAGUUCAGGCUGUCCCUGAACUCACUAUGUAGCCCAGGCUGGCCUCAACUCGCAGUGAUCCUCCUGCUCAUCCUCUAGAGUGCUGGGAUUACAGGCGUGACCACCACACCCGGCUGGCUGCUCAACUUUUGAAGUUGGUGGCAGCUUCUCAUUGCCUUGGUUCAUUAGUUUAGUAGGAGACAAAGAAAGAACUUGACUUGAUGACUCUGGAAGAGGCUGGAGUGAGGCAGACAUGAGCCAGGAGGCUGGAGAAGGCUCCCAGAGCUUCCCUGUUGUGGCAGCAGCUGUGGUGGGCUAUUUCCAUGGAAGCAUGCUGGCUGCCUCUUUCCUCCUGGGCUAGAAAUUCCCCACCUGUGCUUGUCCUCUGUGACCCCAUCUCACCCAUCUAGGAACCCUUGGUGGGAAGACUGGAGUGAAGUUCUGUUCAGGGCUCCCAGACGUCCAGUGCAGGCAGGGCUUGCUCUCAGUGGCCGUGGUGCCCCACUAGGAAGCCCCUCCCACUUCUGCAUCUCACUCUGCACCAGAAGAGAGAUCCUUGGGGUGAGGUGGGUGCUGGGGCUCACUUGAGCACAGGAAGCAAGAGCAGCUCUCUAAGAAGGAAGAGCCCUCCACCUCAGAAAUGGAAGCAUUUGUCUGCCACUGUCAACAUGGGUACAGUUCAGUUGGCUCUCAGACCAGGGUGCAAGGGUACUGAGUGCUUGUGCCUCCUCAUCCUUCACUGCCACACCUGGACUGGUCCAUCCACCUUUCUCCUAUCUGUUGCUCCCAUCCUGGACAGCUGACUGCUGCCUUGGUCUUCUUCCUGUCACCCUCCCACUCCUGCAGAACAGCUGGAGUUGUCUCUCAGUAGGAUGGUCCUGACUUUCCUGUGUUCCCAGCUGUAUGUUCAGCCUUGUAAUCCUCACCACCGCCCCACCAGAGCAGGUGCUGGGGUGAGCAUUGUUCAUGGAGGAGCCCAGUGAGAUACAGAGAGGUGUGGUCACCUCCAGAGACCCCAGGCCUGGGCUUCUCUGCUGCAGAGUGAGACCAGAACUGUGGUCCUACUCUCCGUUCUCUUCCACUGUGUUCCAGCCACGACAGUGAAUGUCCCAAGUUUAUUUUAUUUUAUUUUUUCUUUUGGUACCGGGGAUUGAACUCAGGACCUUAUGUUUCAAGAUAGGUGGCAGAACCACUAAGCUGAAUCCCCGGCCCUGCCCCAAGUUUAUUUUGUCCCUGGACUUUCAGUAAGUGUCCUUUUUUCUUCCAGAAGGCCAUUUUUACCUUCUCUCCAUUUUUUCAUUUCUUAGAGAAGAAUUCUCACUCAUUUCUAACUAAGUUAUAACUUGCUCUAUAUCAUUUUCUCUCCUGGGCUUCAGGGUAUCUUUUAAUUAUGUAUUUGUGUACACGGUUGUAUGAGAGGAAGUGAACAGGAUGGGGUAAUUAAGAGCUCAAGCUCUGGAGCCACGCACCUCGAAAUUCUGGCUUUGGGCAAGUGACUCAACUUUUGUGCCUCAGUUUCCCUACCUGCAAAAAAAAUAUCACCAGAUUGUGGGAUGACCUAAAGGGUGGGUAGGUGUGAAAAUCAGCACUGUGACAGCCUGUAGUAGAUUUCAUAUAAGUGUCACCUGUUGUUACUUUGGUGCAGGAUAGGGUGGGAUAGGGGAGGAGAGAUCAAGGAGAGGUUGCCUGUAAAGCACAUGAUUCAAGGCCAGGGUGGAGUGGUGGCUCAGGUAAAGCUCAUCUUCUCUUGCCCAGUGGAGCCUCCUGUCCUCUCCCUCUGAUUACCCCUGUGAUCGCGUUUUCUAGAUCCCAGUUGGACUGUGGGCUGGUGAAGCAUUUCCUUGUGUUUAAAUGGGAGUAAUGAAAGCACCUGGAGGAUUAGGUGGUCCAAGGCUGGGAAGGUCCACGGCUGGGGACCGGCAUGCAGGGAAGCACACCUCUCUGUCCUACUUGCAGCAGUGUCACCCUCAAAUGCCUGGGACUCAGUAAAUUCCUAUUGAAUGGAGACUCCAUAAAUCGAUCCUUUCCCUGCCCCCUGCCCACCCUGCAUGGUGGGGACUCUGCGUGAAGAGAUAGAUGAUUUCUACACAGGACUAGUAAUGUCUGCUCUGAAGAGAAGGGCAAGCUGGAAGAGGAUCAGGUGGGCAGGAAGUGGAGUCUCUUGGUGGGGAGUGGAGGAGGAGAUGAAUAGGACUUUCUUUUUUAAAAGACGGUCUCACUGUGUAGUUCAGGUUGGCUUUGAACUCCUGGCAAUCCUCCUACCUUGGCCUCCCAAGUCCUGAGACUACAGGUGUGCACCAUCACGCCUGGAUCAACAGGCCGUUCCAUGAGGGAAGAUUGGGGAGUAAUUUGUUGUGGCUGGAGGACAGGGUAUUGCAGUUGGGAGAGUUGAUGGAGGAGGUUGGGCUAGACAUUCAGGUGAGAGAGGUGAGGGCAGGGUUGGGCUGGGGCCAUGGGGUAGAGAGGUGGGUGUCGAAAUUAUGGUUCCUGUUUUGGGGGCUACUGUGUGUUACAGACCGUGCGUGAGUCAGGUACUGCAUGAGUUAUCUCGUUUAAUUUUCAUGACCCCACCGUGCAGCAGGGACCUCUUGUUUGUCUGUUUGUAU